AUGUACAGCAUCCGUACCAGCUGCUUAGCUCGCCGUGGUCGUCUCUUGGCCGCCGGUCAAAUCAAGACUUCGCUCCCUCGCCCACCGCUGCGUCUCCCCAUCGUUCAGCUCGUAUCGCAAUCCAAGACAUCCUGGCCCAGCAGCCGCAGCCCGGGAAAAAAGAAGCAGCAGCAGCAGCAGCAAGCAAGACGCCUGCACCCGUUCUCGUCCAUGCCUGCGUCGUUCUCUUCGUCCUCUGAAAGCCCAGCCAGCAGCUCCACGCACCACCGCCGGCGCUCGUCGUCACAUAUCCGGCCCUUGAACCUGGCGCCCUCGUCUCUGUCCGCCAGCAAAGGUGCCAGCAAAGCCCCGGGUCUCCUGCCGGCCCAUUCCCUCACCCCUAUCCCGGGCACCCCCUCGGCGGCGGGCCACUCGCCCAUGUCGCUGUCCAGAUCUCCCUCUCCAAGGCCCGGCGGAGGUUGGUCCAGCCCAGGCCUGACCACCGUCACUGCUGGGAGCAGCGGCAGCUCCAGUCCCCGUCGUGGCUACGGCGAGCUCUCCUCCAAUGGCCAGGUGUACUCGAACGGCGGCCUGGACGGUGACCACGACAGUCACAAUGCCUCCUGGAUGGCCGCAAAGGCCAAAAGCGACCGCGUAAAGGGGUACCCUUCCUUCUCCACAAGAAACAACGGCUUCUUCUCCAGACAGCGGAGGAAGAUCUCCGCCAGCCUGCCCCGGUUCAGACUCAACUCCAUGCUAGACUACGGCGAAAAGGAGAAGCUCGGAAGAGGGCGAUGGUCCGGUCCAAAUGGUACUAUCUACGAAUCAUAUCGACGGUCCUCCAUAGGCGGAGGAAAGAAAAUAGUCUUAAUUGUUGCAUCUAAUGUCGGUGGCGGUGUCAUGGAGUGGAAGGGUGCGCGCGAGUGGGCUAUCGAGAGAGACAGUCUCCGCAAUAAGAAGAGAUAUGUCAAGAGAUGGGGCUACGACCUCGAGAUCGUUAACAUGGUCACCAAAAAACGAUACGCCCACGAGUGGAGGGAAGGCUGGGAGAAAGUCGAUGUCAUCCGUAGCGCACUGCGGAAAUAUCCCAAAGCCGAAUGGUACGGUUUUACAGCACUGGACGGACCGACUCCUCGAUAUCUGGUGGGAUCCGUCCUCUACGAACAGAAGCACAUGGAGUGGGAACAUAAAGAGCAAGACAGUCUCGAACACCUCUACACCAACCAGCCAUGGGUCAGACCACAUGUAGCCUUCAUCCCACAGCGAAGAAAUGAACUCCUUCCCACCCGGUGCUGCGGUGACGGCACGGAUCCCGGAAUCCACUACCAGCGCAAAGACAGGGAUUUCCUGGUCAAUAUGGCUGGCUGCGAAUGGGGACGAGACUGCUGGUCUGAAAUCUACAACUACAGAGAACUCAGCAACUAUCUCAACAGGACGCUAUGGGAGAAGUUCAAGGACGCUCUAAGUGACCAGUGGAAUAGAAUGCUAGGCAAAGAAGUAAAGAAGAAGCCCUGA